AUGGAACGAGCGGAUCAGUCGUCGACCGGUGGUGAAUAUUCCGGCGGGGCCUCCGCCUCGGCGACGUGGGAGAGCUAUGAGGAGUCGCCGCCGCUGCCGUUCCCGGAGAGGUUCCCGGAGUUCCGGAACAAUUAUUCUCGCGAGGAGCGUUUCUCUGGGAUGAACAACGAGGGCGCCUUGAUGAACGGCGGUGGGUCGUCGGCCACGAGGGACGAUCCUAAGUCUUGCUUUGUUGCCUCGACCACGUUCUCGUUUUUUGUUGUUAUGACUAUGGCAUUCGGGCUGUAUGCAUCUGAGACUUUGAGGCUUGGACCUAAUUCUUCAAUAUUGAUGAAACCCAACCACUUAUUCGUGGAAUAUAUUAAGGUGGUAGCUGUAGAUGCAUCAAAAGGUGCAAUGCUGUAUGGAUUUUAUAAAGAUCCACCUCUUGAUGUAAAGACUACAUGGUCUGAGACCCACAAGAUCACUCUCCCUGCCAGUACCCACAAGGAAUGGAUAUACUAUUUGAAUGAAGGAUCUCAGAUAAGCAUCUCUUAUAGCGUAAACUCCCGAAGUUCAUCCUCUCUUAUUCUUGUAAUUGCGGAAGGGGAAGCUGGCCUUAGUGAGUGGCUUAAGGAGCCAUCCUACCCAAAUAUAACCCCGUCAUGGAAUAUUAUUCAUGGAACUGGCGUAAUUCAGAAGGACAUCUCUGAUUCUUCUACUUACUACAUUGCAGUUGGUAACUUGAAUAAUGAAUAUGCCGAGGCAAGUGUGCAUCUAAAUACAACAAUACGGGCUUCCCUUUAUAAUACAACCGAUUCAUAUUACAAAUGCAAACCUUCAGAGGGCCAAUGUACUUUCCAACUGUUUAUCUCAAGUGGAAAUGCAGCUGUUCUUACCUCUCCUGGCCGAUCGCCUGGUAUGGUCAGUGGAGAUUGGCAUGUUAAACUCUCAUAUGGACCUAGAUGGAUUACAUAUUUGAAAGCUAGCGGGAUCGGUUUGGGAAACUCGAUUAGCAUCGGCUUCUGUUCUUCCUGUUCUUACAGAGGAACCGCAGUCACGAUGAAGAACAUGUUAGAAAGUCAAUUUCCGGGCAUCAAUGUGGUCCUUGCAAAUUACCCUCCUCCUUUCCCUAAGCGCGUGUUGAGCAAACUGGUGCCGAUUGUCCAGUUUGGUGUGAUCGGUAUAAUAAUUGGCGGCGAACAAAUUUUCCCGAGAUUGGGAUUUGCUGCACCCCCACAGUGGUAUUAUUCCAUGCGAGCAAAUAGAUUUGGGAGUAUGGCAAGCACUUGGCUGCUCGGAAACUUUCUUCAGUCCUUCCUGCAGAGCUCGGGUGCUUUUGAAGUGUACUGCAAUGGGGAAUUGGUAUUUUCUAAACUAAAGGAGAAUAGAUUCCCAGGGGAGAUAGAGCUGAAAGAUCUUGUUGCUAGAAGGAUUUCUAGUUCAAGAGUCGUAGAUGGCAUUAAUGGAGGUCAAUGGUCCUAG